GCAGUUUGCUCACCGAUGUGUUAAUGUACGGAGGAUUUCGACGGGGGGAGACAGCUAAUGUUAACUUUUAGUCUGUCGCCGCCAUUAUACCACCGAAGAAGCAUAUCCCGCCCUCCUUCUUCGGUCUUUUCUUCUUCUUCUCCUUGUGCUAGAAAGUUAGCUCCACUGGUCCAAGUGGUAAAAGCGGGUUUAGUCGCUAGCUGAACUGAGUUUGAUGCCCGCUGUCGACGGAUGAUCUGGCGGUUGUUUUAUUAGCUCCUUGGGCUUGCUAAGAAGCUAGCUGGAACACGCCGGUGGCACGUUAGCCAUGUUGCUAGAAAGAUGGCCAUCGUUGUGUGUUAGCAGCGCCGUCCUGGUCGGAGAUAACGUCAAUACUGUCGGCUAACUUAGCUGCUGUCUGCCUGCUGCGGCGGGUCAGACCUCCAGCAGCACGAUCAAAAGGCAGAGCUAACGUGAAGCUAACGUGAAGCUAACGUGAAGCUAACGACAGUGCCUGGAUUUUUGUAGUAUUUAGGAUUAUUUGUGUCGUUGUGAGUCAGUAUUGUUUCUGCACUCUGGCUAGGGUUGAGGUCAUCCUCUGCAGUGCAUGUCAUGGAAUAACACUCAUUGGCGUUUAAGAGGCAUUUUAACUCCCAUCUGGCUCACUCAUAAUUUAAAAAAAAAAAAAAAGGAAAUGACAGCUGGGUGCUUGCAGGUAAAAGCAGAUCGCCUCAUGUCUGAUCGUUUAACAUUACAGCCGGACUGAGGUGUUGCAGUCUUGCGCAAACCCCAGAGGUUUAUAUCUGAGCAUCUGUACCAGGACAGCUGCUGAUAGUGCAGUAAUGUGUGUUCCUAUCAUCCUAUCAUGGGGCAUUAUUAUUAUGUCGUAACUGGUGUAUUUAAAUACGUGUGGUCAUACUCUAUAGUCCUAUUAAAAGACCAAAACCAACAAUGAGUUGAUUGCUUGUGUAGCAAAUUCCUGAUAAAAGCUGAUUACUGUGUCACGUUGUCCAAAAACUAUUAAAAACACACCAGAGAGCUUUGCACUGGCAUGUUACUUAAUUACAAUAAAUGGGUUUUACUGUCGUUUUUUAUUUGUUGCUCUCACAUACACUGUCCUGUAAAUACUCACUAAAUCACCAAGUCUGCAGCUGCAAAUAGUCCCGAACAGAUACACCUUAUAUUCCUGUUAGAGUAACUUUUCUGCCCAGCUAUUUUAGGAAAGAGUUUUUUUUUAAGGCAAGGUGCCUUUUUAAAAAAUGAAUCUAUAUAUUUUUGCCCCAUUUUCAGAGCUUUACGUCUUCCAUAGACAUUUUUUUUCUUUGGGCUGAGUGUCACAGACAAGCUGGGGGAGUUGGAAAGCAGUGAGAGAAAGACUAACAGCAUUGUUAUUUUUGUUUAAAAAAAAAAUUGUGUCGCAAGCUAUAUCCUUAUAACCUUGUCUGCUAAUUAAAAUGCACAUCUACAAGGUGUUUCAUAUUAAUUUGUAUCUUUCAGCGACUUUCUUUGAUUUGUAAGGUUCUUUAUUUUCAAAGUAUUUUGCCUGUGCAGAUUGAGGGCUGAUUGGUAUCCAGUGAGUAGGAGGGAUUGUUUUCUUUUGUUAUAGUUACAUGCAGAAGCAGCAGAAGCUAGACUGCCCUUCCAGUGGGUCCAAUUACAGCACAUAUCUAAUUGAUGUAGAAACUAAACAUCGACUCUGCCCAUGAAAUGGCAGAGAGACAGAAAGACUUGGCAAGGUCUCUACCUGAGCAGCAACCUGCAUGGUCAAAAUAACAAUUAGCCCAGGCUCAGCGCAUGCCAUGGAGAGUUCGUCCGUGUACAUGUGCUUCCCCUGCUACCAGGAGUUUAACACCCUGGAAGAAGUACUGGAGCACCAGUUGACGUGCACAGCUGAGGAUGAACAGCCAGACACAUCUGGAACCACCACUCUCUCGAUUCCAGCUCUACAGGUUCGGCAACAAGUAAUAAAUAUAUCAAAGACAGUUGCAGCCCAACAGAUUGAAGUCCAAGCAGGACAAACCUUUGUGCAACCUGUUAAGAGUGCACUCAAGCACGAAGCAGACAGUGCAACACUGACAUCGGACCAACCCAGAAUCCUCUACCAGUGUGGGGACUGUGAUGAACUUUUCAAGAGCCUGGACCUUUGGCAGCAACACCGUAAAGAAGAGACAUGUCAGCAGUCUGCCCCUGAGAGAAAUUCACAACCUGAUUCACAACCUGACACAGAGACGAUUUUAGCUCAGAGCUUGAAUUCAGAUUUAAAUCCAGAUGAUUCUUGUCUCUCAACGUGUGAAACUACCCAAAAUCUUAAGCCGGAGCCAGUUGAGAAACUCCUAUCGGAAGAAGAUGGGCAGCAACUUGCAGAGGCCUCUUCAGCUCAGAGCUCUGAUCUUCCUGUUUCUGACGUAGCUGCCACGACCGCUAAUCCAGAGGAUUCGUCUCCCAAAAAGAGAGGGGCUAAUAAAAAGCCUAAGCCUGAACCAGUGCUCCUGUGUGUGGACUGUGGCUCAUGCUUUGGCCUGGUGUCUGAACUAGUGGCCCACCGCAGGACCCAACACGGCUUUGAGGAAGCUCUGCACCGCUGUUCUGUGUGCGGGGAAAGUUUUCUGAACACCACCCUAUUUCUCUACCACCGCAAGCAGCACCGGCAGAAAGGGGAGGAAAAGGUCGUAGCGGUUCCCGAAGAGACACCAGAGGAAGUUUGCACUCCGAGCAAUGGGACUGAUGAGCAGGGACAAGAUGCCACUCCCUCCACCACUAGUGUCCCCUCCAGUUUCACACUGCCCGAGUUGUUCAUGUGCACCCAGUGUGGGCAGAGCUUCAGCGAUGAGGGGGGGCUGGUCGCGCAUCGCAAGCAGAAGCAUGACCUGAAGGAGCCACUACACAGCUGCCCCCAUUGUGGGGAGAGCUUCAUGAACACAACCCUGUACCUGUACCAUCGCCAGCAGCACCGCCUCACAUCUGGGACGGAGGUGGCGGAUGGAGCUGAAACUGGUGACGAGGCAGCCACCACUAACCCCCAGGAUACCCCACAGAGCUCAAAGCGACUCCUUUCUUCGCCUGCCUCAGCUAGUGAAUCAGGUUCACCACUUCCUAAGAGAAGCAGGCCCUCUUUCAGGAUUCUGAGUGGUGCGAAUGUGCUCAAAGGAAACAAGGGUUCAGGCACCAAAGAGGAAUCGGAGGGCAGUGCUGCAGCAGACUCAGACAACACCAACCAUCCUCCACCUGCCAAGCUUCUGCAGGACUGGGCCCGCACACCACUACCCCACGUUUGUCCCUACUGUGGGAAAACCUUCACCCGACGCGUCUUCCUCCGCACCCAUGUCUACAGCCACACCGGAGAAAAGCUGUUCACGUGCAAGGUGUGCACAAAGUCCUUCACUAACUCCCAGAGCCUGCUGCGCCACAGUAUGAGCCACACGGGCAGCAAGCCCUACAGCUGCAAUGUUUGUGGCAAAAACUUCUCCCAGGCAGCCACCCUGAAGAGACACCAACGCAUCCACACAUCAACACUGCCUCGGCGCAAGCGUGGACGCAAACCGGUGUGUACUCUGGACAAUGAGGGAGCUGCUCAUCUCUUUGCUUGCCCUCACUGCCCCUCACGGUUCAACACAGAGGAUCAGCUUAACCAUCACAAACUGCUCCACACCAGCCAUCCAUUCCCUUGCCCCGAAUGUGGAGAGGCCUUCAACCGCAGGAAAGACCUGGACCUGCACUCGCUCACUCACCAAGACAAGCAGCCAGCGACAUGUCUCCACUGUUCAUCCCAGUUUGUGAACCAGUCGGUGCUGGAAAUCCACAUGCAGCGUUGCCCUACCACAGAGGAGGAGAAGAAUGCUGGUCGUGGACGGGGUCAGGGCCGGGGCCGAUGCACCGGACAGAUUGAAUGUGACCUAUGUGGCCACCGUUGCAUGACCCAGGAGGGCCUCGACCUCCAUCGGUUAUCCCACACGGGCCAGACACCUCUCAAAUGCCCGGUGAGGCCUUGCCGCCGCCGAUUUACCUCCAACAGUGCCCUGGAGGACCACGUCCUGGCACAUUUCCAAGGAACGCUCAGCAAGUCCAAAAACCGACCACGCUUCCGCUGUCAGAUUUGCCACAAGGAAUUUGCCUACAAUUCCACCUUCAAUGUUCACAUGAGGACACAUACUGAUGAGAGGCCCUUUGAGUGCACCACAUGUGGCAAGCGCUUCCGUCAGCUGCCCCAUCUGCAGGACCAUGAGCGCAUCCACAGCGGCUUGCGGCCUUUCUGCUGCUGGAUUUGCGGCAAGAGCUUCAGCGUGGCCGCCCGGCUCACCGAGCAUGCCCGCACCCACAGUGGGGAGAAGCCGUACCCCUGUUCCCACUGCCCUGCUGCCUUCCGGUCUCGCUCCAACCUGGAUAAACACAUCCGCUUACACGGAGACCUGCCUCAGGAGACCGCUGACGAAGCAGCACAUGCAGCUGAGGCUGCCCAUGUCCAGAAGGUGCUGGAGGGGGCCAAGGUGUUGUCUUCUCUGGCCAACACAGGGGAUGCUGAUUCAGGCUCAGUGCAAACCAUCUAUGUACUGCAGGGGGGCGAAGGAGGCACUGAGACGGUCAUGAUCCCGUCUGAUCAGCUCAGUGGCAUUGAGGGUGCCUCACAGGUCGUCAUCCUGCCCUCCUCCGUUCUGGGAACUCAGGGCAUUACAGUUCCUACCAUCACCAUGGAUGGAAAUGAAAUCACCAUGGUCGAGACAAGCCAUUCGCCACAGCAUGCCAUUGAGUUCAUUGUGGAAGAGACUGUAUGAAGGCAGAAAAGCUAUUGUAUAAAGGACACCGCAGCAGAGAAAGACUGAGUGGUUAGUUGAGAAUAAAGACAACGGAGUGAAACGUUUGAUGAUUGAAGGAUUGCCAGUUAUAUUUAUAUAGUUUGAUAGGUUUCUAAGCCAGUUUCAAUAAAAGGCCCAUCCUGUGUAGUGUUAAAAUUUUACACCUUUUCUUGAGCAGAAAAUGAGUGUUGACAGUGUAAAAAUGAUCAAUUAUAGGUUGACAGACAGAAUGUACAGUACCUCAACUUAGUCUUUCAAACUGAUUGAAAAAUAGGUUGUAAAAUUGGCCCUCGAUUGUAUACAGGUGUUUAUUUACAGCCCCUAUUUAUUAGGGGAAGACCAAGUGGUGGCCCAUUAAAUGUCUUCUGCUUUCUUUAUAAUAAAACGCUUCAGCUUUCA